AUGGCUGAAAUCGUUGUUUCUGCCUUCUUCUCGGUGUUCUUUGAAAAGCUGGCCUCUGAAGCCAUCAAGAAGAUUGCUCGCGCUAAGGGAAUUGAUUCCCAGCUCAGGAAACUGAAGAGGUCAUUAAUCCAGAUUAAAGCUCUGCUUAAUGAUGCUUCUCAGAAGGAAAUAAGUGAUGAAGCUGUUAAAGAGUGGUUGAAUGGUCUCCAACAUCUGGCUUACGACAUAGACGACCUACUUGAUGACUUGGCAACAGAAGGUAUACAUCGUGAGUUGACCGAUGAAUUUGGAGCCUCCACCAGCUUGGUAAGAAAGAUAAUACCAACUUGUUGCACAAAUUUCUCACUGAGUACUAGGAUGGGUAGCAAGUUAGAUGCUAUUACCACCAAGUUACAAGAACUGGUAGAGGAAAAAGAAAAUCUUGGUUUAAGUGUGAAAGAUGAAAGCCCAAAACAUAUGAAUAGAAGGUUAGAGACCUCUCUGGUAGAUGCAUCUAGUAUUGUUGGACGCAAAGAUGAAAAGGAUGCUUUGAUCCACAAGCUAUAUGAACCAUGUGAUAGAAACUAUAGCAUCGUGCCCAUAGUUGGUAUGGGUGGGGUGGGUAAGACCACUCUAGCUAGACUUUUGUAUGACGAAAUGCAAGGGAAGGCUCACUUUGAACUCAAGGCGUGGGUUUGUGUUUCUGAUGAAUUUGAUAUCUUCAAUAUAACCAAAGUUAUCUUUCAAGCGAUAGGCGGGGGAAACCAAGAAUUUAAGGACUUAAAUCUUCUUCAAGUAGCUUUAAAAGAGAAGAUAUCAAAGAAGAGAUUUCUUGUUGUUCUUGAUGAUGUGUGGAGUGAAAGCUAUACCGAUUGGGAAAUUCUAGAACGCCCAUUUCUAGCAGGAGCACCCGGAAGUAAGAUUAUCAUGACCACCCGGAAGCUGCCAUUGCUAACCCAACUGGGUUACAAUCAACCUUACAGUCUCUCUGUUUUGUCACAUGAGAAUGCUGUAUCUUUAUUUUGUCAACAUGCAUUUGGUGAAAAUAACUUCGAUUCCCAUCCAACACUUAAACCACAUGGUGAAGGUAUUGUCGAAAAAUGUGAUGGCCUGCCAUUGGCUUUGAUAGCACUUGGGAGGUUAUUGAGGGCAAAAUCAGACGAGGAAGAAUGGAAGGAGCUGCUUAAUAGUGAGAUAUGGAGGUUGGGAAAUAGAGAUAAGAUUAUUCCGGCUCUUAGGCUAAGCUACCAUGAUCUUUCUGCUAAUUUGAAGCUGUUGUUCGCAUACUGUUCCUUGUUCCCUAAGGACUACAUGUUUGACAUGGAGGAGUUGAUUCUAUUAUGGAUGGCGGAAGGGUUUUUGCAUCAAUCAAAUACUACAGGGAAAUUAAUGGAACGCAUGGGUGUUGAAUGUUUUGAAGACUUGUUGUCAAGGUCAUUUUUCCAACGGGCACCUAAUGACAAAUCGUUAUUUGUUAUGCAUGACCUGAUGAAUGACUUGGCCAUGUCUGUUGCGGGAGAAUUUUUUUCAAGGUUAGACAUUGAAACAAAGAAGGAAAUUCGGAAGGAAGAUUCGGGUAAGUACCGGCAUAUGUCAUUUGUUUGUGAGACGUAUAUGAUUUACACAAAGUUCGAGGCAUUCAAAGGAGCUAAUAGUUUGAGAACAUUAUUAGCCUUAUCUGUUGGGAUGAUAAACAGUUGGCAAAUAUUCUACUUAUCAAAUAAGGUUCUAGAUAACUUACUUCAGGAGUUACCAUUGUUAAGGGUCCUAAGUUUGAGUAAUCUUAUGAUAAGCGAGGUACCAGAAUUCGUUGGCAGUCUGAAGCACCUACGGUAUCUUAAUUUAUCUCAAACCAAAAUCACACAUUUACCAGAUAAUGUCGGCAACCUUUAUAAUUUACAGACGUUGAUUGUUUCGGGCUGUUACCGUUUGAAAAAGUUGCCUGACAGCUUCUCAAAUCUAAAAAAUUUGCGGCAUUUUGACUGUAUGGAUACUCCACUUUUGAAGAAGAUGCCCUUAGGGAUUGGUGAGUUGAAAAGCCUACGAACUCUCUCUAAGAUCAUUAUUGAAGGAGACAGCGGCUUUUCAAUAACUGAGCUUAAAGAUCUAAAGGAUCUCCAAGGUAAAAUUUCCUUUAAGGGGCUUGACAAAGUGCAAAAUCCAAUGCACGCACAGGAAGUGAACUUAUCCCGCAGGAGGCUAAGUGAGUUAGUGGUGGAAUGGAGUGAUGUAUUUGAUAAUUCUCGAAAGGAAGUAGUUGAACAGGAGGUCCUGAAUGCGAUGAAGCCUCAUAACGAAAAUCUAAAACAUCUCAGCAUUGUGUCAUAUGGAGGUACAAAGUUUCCGAGUUGGGUUGGGGAUCCCUCAUUUCAUCGGUUGGCUCAAGUGACAUUAAAUGGCUGUAAGAAGUGUACAUCUCUACCGCUACUUGGGCAGCUACCAUUCCUUAAGGAGUUGGUUAUUGAAGACAUGGAUGAGGUGAAAGUUGUUGGUUUGGAGUUUCUUGGGACUACUAGUCCUGCAUUCCCUUCACUUGAGUUUCUAAGUUUUAGAGAUAUGAAGCAGUGGGAGGUAUGGUCAACCAAUAAUAAUGGGGUACUUGUGGAUACAACAUUUCCAUGCCUUCAGAAGCUUUCGUUAGAUGAUUGUCCUAAUUUGGUUAGAGUCUCAAUUGAAGCAUUACCUUCACUGAGGGUUCUAUGGAUAAGUGGGUGCGGUCAUGAAGUGUUAGGAAGUCUGGUUCGUGUAGCUUCAUCAGUCACCGAUUUGGUUAUAGAUAAAAUUUCAGGACUUAAUGAUCAGGUGUGGGGAGGUGUUAUAGAGCAUCUUGGGGCAGUUGAAGAAUUAUGUAUUGCAAGGUGUAAUGAAAUAAGAUACUUGUGGGAAUCAGAAGCAGAGGCAAGUAAGGUUCUUGUGAAUUUAAGGACAUUGGAAGUAGAAGGUUGUUCAAAUUUGGUGAGAUUAGGAGAGAAAGAGGACGAGGAGAAUUGUGGGAGCAACCUAACAUCUCUUACAAGCUUGUCCGUAUUGGGUUGUGACAGCUUGGAGCAUUGCAGCUGUCCAAACAGCCUCAAGUCACUUACCAUCAAGAAUUGUAAUAAAUUAUUGGAGAAGGAGUUGGUAGGUGCACGAAAGAAGCCUCUGAUCAACUCAAACAUACUGAUGCUUGAAUCCGUAUGUAUAAUUAGUUGGCAAAAUCUGAAAUCGAUCACUGCUUUGAGUUCCUUCAAUCACCUUUUGAAACUCGAAAUAAGCGAUUGUCCAAAUCUGGAGUCAUUUCCUGACCAUGAGUUGCCGAAACUCAAUGUGUUAACAUUUCUGGCAAUAGCAAGAUGUCCGAGCAUGGAUGCUUCCUUUUCUGGUGGGCUUUGGCCUCCAAAGCUGUCUUCUCUUAAAAUAGGGGGGUUGAAGAAGCCCAUUUCAAAGUGGGGCCCACAGACUUUUCCAACCUCACUUGUGCAGUUAGGAUUAUAUGGCGGACCAUAUGAUGAUGUGAGUAAUUUCAGUCAGAUGUCCCAUCUUCUUCCUUCAUCUCUUACUUCUCUUGAAAUAAAUGAAUUUGAGAAGCUGGAAUCAGUUUCAAUGGGACUCCAACACCUCACCUCCCUCCAGGGUCUCCACGUUUACAACUGCCCAAAGAUAAUUGAUCUACCAGAAAUUUACAAACUUAAUCUGAAGGCCACUUAAUUGAGAAACUUGGAUUCACUUCCCAAACAUGAUGAUACAAAUAAAAAGACAAGUGUGAGCAGAAAAGACGUAUUCCUGAUUUCUGCAUAUCUUCUCCACAAGUAGAUAAAUCAACUUAAUUCCAAGGGGCGAUCCAUAAUGUGUCACCAAAGUCUAUAUUGAUGCAUUUAAUAAAAUGACAGAGCCUUCAUCUCCAAGAAACUCUGAUUCGUAAAUUAAUUGAAAUGAUUUUCCAAAUGAUGGAAACAAAUCAUUUUGUGCCUACACAUGAAAAUGUAACUUUUUAAGGACUUCAGUCGACCUCUAACUGAUUUGUUAAACCCUCUACUUCACAAGUUUCCACCAUCACUAGAGUCCUCUACACCUAUAAAAUAUUAUGUUUAUAAGAAUUGCGUUUAUAUAAAUGGGGAAUAUUAUUUGACUUAUAUAUAGAGCUAAUCAAAAGCACAUAAGAAAAACGAGACGAAGAAAGAGAACUAACUUGGAAUAACAGAGAAAACUUCAUCCAUCUGAAGUCAAUGUGAACACCAAAUUAAUCAUUGUAUAACAAUUAGAAGAUAACUUGUAUAAUAGAUUAGAGAAUGAAAGAGAUAUUAUCAUAAAAAGAAUAGUGGUUCGAUGGUGAUCAUGGUCACUAGAGAGUAAUGGACUUUGUUUUUGUAGAUGU